AUGAAUUCGACUGAUGCUCUUGCCCGUAUCAGAGAGCGAGCUUCAUCCCCUCACAUUGGUGAGAAAACCGAUUCUGAAUACCUCCAAGAGGUAGGCACCCAUUUUACAGUGAUUAGUAUGAGAACUGAUACUAGGGUGAAGAUUGUUAGCUUGCUUAUCCUAAACAAGAACUUCCUACCUAAAGAUAUCAAUCGCUCUUUACGAGAAGCGUUCGGAAAGCAUUCUUCGCAUAGAGCAGUCCCGUUGCGUAACCGCGAAGAUGCUCUCCAUCGCGUACGAUGCCUGGAGCGUGAAAACAUUAAAACUCCGGAAUUCAUGCAAGAUUUUCUCCCUCUCUAUAAAGAUCAAGGUUCCUUGUUCUGGUCCGGUGGAGUAUCGAUUUCUACCGAGCAUAUUUGCCAGAACGUUCUUAGCAGUAUAUUCUAUGCAAAUGAGCGAGGAGCAACUGCAGAUUCCAUUCGACGGGCGUUUUACUGCUUGGCCCUCUAUCAGGUGAUUCAGCGCACAAUCGAGCUUCACGGCGCAAAAACAUUUACCUCUAAGAUUGCCUCCUUCUGCGCAGACAUGAUACUCGGGGACUCAAAAAACGGAAACCCUCAAAGCAAAACCGACGUAGUGCAGCAGCUGAGGACUGACUACAAAACCGGGGGUGUAUAUGAACCAUAUGCACAGAAAGCAGGUUACGGGAUUAUUUUCUACCUUUUCGUUUUGCCGUCCAAAAUAACCGAAGAUGUGCAGACAGUUCUCUCUCAUUACGAAUCUACUGGCUUCCAACAGGAAGAAUUAAGCAUCUCUGCGGCGUCUAGCAUAAUGGGCGAUAUUACCAAUCGUUUCAAUUCUCAGAUCUCUAUUUUUAAGCACGGCUUGGGUACACCAGAUCAUUCCAUCACGCCCAGGAUUCCACAGGCUCCCAUGCGCAAACGUAGAAAAGAUUUGCCGAACCGGACAGUUUCCAAAAAAAGAAGAACUGCCGACCGAACUGGACCAUCAUGUCCUGUCAAUCUCGAUUCGCUGCCGGACCCAACAAUCAACCCAACAAGCAGCCUUCAAAUACUCGAUUGGCAACCUAUACCCAAUGCGUAUGCUUUUCAGCCAAACUGUGACAAUGUGCAGGCUAUUUCAUUUGAUUAUCAGUCGGCACCAGAUGCUGUGCAAGGCAGACAAGGCCACAACCUUCGAGCCGACGCUGGAACAUUGGGAGUCGCACUAGAGACUUCAGGCCCGGACCUUGAAACACAGACCAACAUGCAGAAGGAGUACUCAAGCCAAGUCUUGAAUGACAUUUUUGGGUCAACUUCGGGAACUCCGAAUGUGCACCAGUCCUUCUAUUCAGAAUGCAAUCAAGGCCAUGUAUCGCAAAGUGCGAGUGAUCUACAAGCGUAUGCCUUCCUGCCUAUGGCUUCUGAUCGCAUGAUGGAGAAUGGGCUUUGA